GAAUAAAUAAUCAUAGGCCUUAGAACUUAUGAAGCAUCAUAGCUCGGGCAUUACUCGGGGCGACCACAUUCCUCUAUCAUAAGGUGGUUUUUGCUAUCUAGGGUUUUAGAUUCAAUUUUCCAGGGCAUUUGAUUUUCUAUUGAAGAAGCCAACUUGGAAGUGGGAACUAUUUGAUUUCAUGGAUAAAAAAUUGACUCUUCUUCAAACGGUUGCAGCUGCAGGAGUUUUCUCCACUAUUUCAUUCUGGUAUGGGUUCAUGUUUGGAAGAGAAUCAUCACGUAAAGAACUUGGAAAUGUAAUCCAAGAUCUUCGUCGCGGUAAUAAUAAUCAAAACGAAACUCCACCCCAGUGAUUGAAGAAAUUUUCCCCAAAUCUUUUUCAUAACGGUGAAGAAGGUGUAGUUUCUUCUUUGGUUUCGGUAUGUAACUCAUAUUAUUACUCUAUGCUACAAUGUGUUAGGUUUGAUCAAGAACAAGAAAUGUGUGAUAUUUGCACACUCACGAGAUCGCUUCCUUAGUGUAAAUAAUUCUCUGUAGAGUAUCGAAAUUGCUAGAUUUUGAAUGAUUGGCAUGAUUA